AUUUUUUUUUUACUAGGGUAUCGUUGCUAUUUAAAAAUAUAAAUAGAAAAGUUGAAAUUCAACUGAUGAGUGCAAUUAGACUAUACAACGAUUGUUCUAUAAUUAGUAGAGAGCAAUUCCCCAUGAGUUCUAACCGCCAAUCGUCAAAAACUUGAUAAGCGUCAUUUCGAAGCUUGGCUUCGCUUUUUUUUAGAACUACCACAGUACUGCUGCUUCACAUAUGCGGUGUUCUGUUGUUUUGAAUAUUAAUUAAAACUUGAAGUUUGAUUUGUCUUGAAAAUAUUUUGGAAUUGACUUUGCUACUGAUCUAUUUAAUAUGGUGAGAGAAGCAAAUAAAAUAAGUGCAUCCAAAAGCACAGAAAUAAGGAAUAAAUCUCCUGCCAGGACAAAAAGCCCCUCAAGGAAAGCAUCUGUACAAAAAAGUCCAGAAUCAAAGACUCAACAAACUACAAAGAGAACAAGAGAAAGAAGUUUAGGUAGAAAAACCCCUGAAAGAACAAAAAGUCCGUCAAGAGUUGUGAAAGAUAAGAGUCCAAUCAAAUCUACUACAGUAGAAAAGAGUCCAACUAAGCCUAAAAGAACCAAAAGUCCAGGAAGACCUAAGUCUCCAAGUAGAGUAUCCCCAUCUAGAGCUGUAUCUGGGGAUGCCAAAGUUAUUAUCAAGAAAGUUUCCACUCAAAUAAAGAAGAAUGAUUUAGAGCUCUCAGGAUCUGAUGAUGAUUUACCUAAACCAAAACCAAGGGCUACAGUAAAAGGAAGGUCUCGUAAAUUUGAGCUUGAAGAAAUAAUACAGCCCAACUCUAAGUACACAGUUCGCUACGAAACCUUCAACAGUGUCUCCAACCAAGUAAGACGUCUUACUCGCAGUUCUCAAUCCCAAGAGCGCGUUGUACACUUGAAACAUUUUGAUUCCCUGCCAAAGACACUUGGUGAAUUUUCCGAUGAUGAAAUAGUGCUUUCUGAAAAAGAACCAAUCAAGAAGCAUAAAACUUCCAUAAAGCAAAUUUUAGGACUGAUAUUCAACAUUUUUUUCACCCCAGCUUUCGUGCUUUCUAUCUAUCUUUUGUGCAAUGAGUCCACAUGUACUUCUUUACCUGAUUGGAAAAAAUUCCUAUCUUUUUCGUAUUUCUUUGAUUUACAGUCUUUCUUAGGAUAUUCGGCAGUGGCUGUUUUAGUUGCGGUAUUAAGUGCUUUACCUUUUGGAGGUAGAAAGGUCUGUAAUUUACCAAGUAAACAGCCAAAAUUCACUUAUGUAAUGAAUGGAUUAUUCAUCUCAAUUCUCAUUGUCGGUUCAUUUAUUACUUUGGAAUAUUUCGGUUAUAAAGUUUCUACCUUUAUCGUGAAAAAUCUGUUUCAUCUUGUCGUUUCCUCCAUUUUAUUCGGCACAUUGUUUUCAAUCUAUUUGUAUGUCAGAAGUUUUCAUGCCCCUGUCAGUGCUUUAAAUCCAACUCAAAUCGACUCUUCGUCCUUAAGUGGAUUUUUCUAUGGAAGAGAGGUGAAUCCUCGACUAGGAAAUGUUCUGGACUUCAAGAUCUACCUUUUGAGACUCUACUCCAUAACAAUGAUUUUGGUAGAUGGAGCUAUUCUAGUCGAAGGUCUCGAGCUGAAUACGAAACUGGGUCCAGCCGUUCGAAAUCUGGAUUGGCAACCACUUUUGGCUCAUCCAACCCUACUGGUCAUCGUCGCCCUCCAUCUGAUUUACUUCAUCGGCCAUAUAGUCUGCGAGGCUAGAGUUCUGAGCUCGUACUUCAUGCAGUACGAAUCUCCAGGCUAUUCGGCCAUAAUCGGUGUUCUGCUGUAUCCAUUUCAGUUGAUCAUCCAAGCCAAGUACAUCUUGGACCAUAAAGUGAAUUAUGCCACCUGGGAAUUGGUGGCGCUUUCUCUCGUUUAUUUAGUAGGUUACGUUAUCUUCACUGUGAGCAAUAAUCAGAAGAACUCCUUCAGGAGGAAUCCAUAUAGUUCCCUGUCUGCGAAGUUCGAAUCAAUUCCGACAUCACAAGGUAAGAAGAUCUUGUGCUCCGGUUGCUGGGGAAUAGUGAGACAGCCAAAUCUUCUUGGGGACAUAUUAAUUCACUUGGCUUUCUUGCGUUUCGGUGUAAGUGCUUUCCCGGUACUCGGAGUUUUGGCAACCAUUUACAUGCUUGUGGAACGAGCAGUUGUCUUGCAGGCAGAUUGUAAGAGCAAAUACGGUGCUUCCUGGGAUAAGUAUUGUCAAAAAGUCAAAUAUGUCCUGGUACCGAAAGUGUACUGAUUACUUGACCCACUGUAUAUUUCGUAGUACAAUAUUUCCAAAUCGUAUUUUUAGUGAGUGUCAUAACAUUGUGAUACUUUUUGCAAUAAGAAGAUAUUUUUAUGCAGUAUAUAUACAGAUCAACGAUGACAUAUCCAGAGUGAAAUUAAUCGAGAAUAUGUUGUGUAUAUAAUAAAAAAAAAAUGUUGAAUUUAUAUUUAAAGGAGUGAAAUUUGUAAGGUAUUAUUCUGUAUUGUACCUGAGAGUGCUGAACAGAACCAAAUGACAAAAGCUCAAUAUAUGAUCUCUCUAUUUUUAAAAUUUUAUAGAAUAUUUAUUCUAUCUGAAAAAUUGGAAUUAGUACAAACAAAUAACAGUAUGACAAUAUCGGUUGAAUCAUAUUUUUUAUGUAAGAUGUUGAUAUUCUUGAUGAUUUUUACAAUAAGCUAUUUGUCUUUUGUAAUCUUUAUGCGGAUUGUGCAUUUUUUAUGAAUUAACAUUUGAUCUAAGGUUUUGACCUGCUUUAAAUAAUUUUUUAAUUAAAAUAUUUUUAUCGGUUAUGUAGAUCAUACCGAAAGACUUGAAUUAAUUAGCAACGGAUUGUAUUAUAAUAUUUUUAUUAUCAUAAUUUUAUACAUUAUUGGAAUUUAUUGAUUAUUUUAGGUUGUAAUUAUAUUAUUUUCGAUUUUGAAUUCUUAUCAAACUAUUGAAUUCUCAUUCUGAGCAAAAUAUGAUUUUAUAUUUUAAUUUCACAAUCAUUACAUAUUUCUUUUUGUAGUUGCAUGUUGUGAAUUGCCUUAUCCAUUAAAGAAUAUCUUACAAUU